GUGUCAACUCCGAAGAAGCAAUCACAAAUCCUUCAACAUGUUCAAAUUCACCGCUGUCCUCUGCGCUCUGAUUGCCUGCGUGUCCGCCAAGCCAGGAUUGCUGCACGCACCUUUGGUUGGCCCUGCUGCCGUCGUUGCUGCACCUGCUCCCGUGGUGACUGCUACCAGCAGUCAAGUGGUGGCCAGAAACUACAAUGGCAUUGCGGCUGCUCCCAUAAUUGCAGCAGCUCCAGUUCCAGUCGCUCCUGUUGCACCAGUUGCUGCUCCUCUGGCGGCCACAACUUUUGCUCAUCCUCUGGCUGCGCCUGUCUUAGCCAGGUAUGCUGCUGCUCCUCUGGCUUCCCCGGUGUUCGCCAAGUAUGCCGCUGCUCCCUUGGCUGCUCCUUUUGCCUACAACGCACCUCUCAGCUACGCUGCGGCACCAGCACCACUUUUCAUUUAAUAACUUAUACUGUGAUCCUAUGUAAAUAAUAAAUAUCAAAUACAAAUUCCAA